AUGCAAGAUUCCAAUGGUGAGACAGAGGAUCGAGGGGACCACAGUGGGUCCUGUAUCAGAGAACCAGCAGAUGGACAGAAGGCUGAGAUGACAACUGUUCCUGCAGGUUUUAAGACAAAUCUCAGACAGUUCAGUUAUGAGCAGAUGAAACGGGCCACCCACAGUGUUGGCAAAAGGAAGGGCAGCCAGAAGGACCUCAGGCCCCCUGAUCUUUGGAUACAUCAUGAAGAAAUGGAGAUGAAAAAUAUUGAGAAGCCAUCAGGUACUGACCCUACAGGAAGGGACUCCCCCAUCCAAAGUUGCCAAGACCUCACACCAGUCAGCCACAGCCAGUCAGAAACCCAGCUGGGGAGCAAAAGCACCUCUCAUUCAGGUCAAGACACUGAAGAAGCAGGGAGUUCCAUGUCUACUCUGGAAAGGUCACUGGCUGCCCGCCGAGCCCCUCGGGCCAAGCUUAUGAUUCCUAUGGAUGCUCAGUCCAACAAUCCUGCUGUCGUGAGUGCCAUCCCUGUGCCAACCCUGGAAAGCGCCCAGUACCCAGGAAUCCUUCCAUCUCCCACGUGUGGAUACCCCCACCCACAGUUCACCCUCCGGCCUGUGCCAUUCCCAACAUUGUCUGUGGACCGAGGUUUUGGAGCAGGAAAAACGGUGAGUGAAGGACCAACCACCCAGCAGCCACCCAUGUUGCCCCCAGCACAGCCUGAGCAUCCCAGCAGUGAAGAGGCACCAAGCAGAACCAUCCCCACGGCCUGUGUUCGACCAACCCACCCACUCCGCAGCUUUGCUAACCCUUUGCUACCUCCACCAAUGAGUGCAAUAGAACCGAAAGUCCCUUACACACCACUGUUGUCUCAGCCAGGAGGUCAUCGUAAUCUGUCCGUGGCAUCCCACAUUUCUGCUGUGCCACAGAAAGCACUUCAGCAGAGACCGAAUGAUUACACACACAUUUCCUCAAACGGUGACUCGUCGUUCAAUAAAGAUUUCAGAUUCAGCCAGUGUCAUACCAGGAUGACUAGCAUAUGA